AUGGCUGGUAGUAUAACUGAAGCAAUUACUCAACCAAUCAACGAUCAAUUGCAUAAAGCAGCAGAUAAAGUAACCACUGGCGGAGGUGGCAGUGGUGGUACCCCAUCAGCACCAAUCAAGAAAAAAGGUGGCAUUAUUGAAUUCACUCCAGAAUACUAUGCUGCUUGUACAUUGGGUGGUAUAAUUGCUUGUGGUCCAACCCAUUCAGCUGUUACUCCGUUGGACUUGGUUAAAUGUCGUCGUCAAGUUGAUGGACACUUGUACAAGUCCAACAUACAAGGAUGGAAAACUAUUCUCAAGACUAAAGGUGAUUCCAUCUUUACUGGUGUCGGUGCCACAUUUAUUGGUUAUUCUUUCCAGGGUGCUGGAAAGUAUGGAUUUUAUGAAUUUUUCAAAAAGACCUAUAGUGAUUUGGUUGGACCCAAAUGGGCCAAUGAUUACAAGACGGGUGUGUUUUUAGCUGCUUCUGCUUCGGCUGAAUUUUUGGCUGAUAUUGCCUUGUGUCCAUUUGAAACUAUUAAAGUCAAGACUCAAACUACUAUCCCGCCCUACGCUAGUUCAGUUUGGGAUGGUUGGAGUAAAAUUGUUAAGCUGGAAGGGUUUGGUGGAUUGUACAAGGGUAUUGUCCCAUUGUGGUGUAGACAAAUCCCUUACACCAUGGUUAAAUUUGCCAGUUUUGAAAAUAUUGUCAAUGGUAUUUACAGUUAUUUGGGACAUCCUAAAUCGUAUUACAACAAUUUACAACAAACUGGGGUUUCUUUUGCUGGUGGUUAUUUAGCUGGUAUCUUAUGUGCCAUUGUUUCUCAUCCAGCUGAUGUUAUGGUUUCCAAGAUUAAUUCAGAUAAAAAGCCAGGUGAAACUACUGGGCAAGCCUUGGGAAGAAUUUACAAGAGGAUUGGAUUUGCUGGAUUGUGGAAUGGAUUACCAGUGAGAAUUUUUAUGAUUGGUACAUUGACUGGGUUCCAAUGGUUGAUUUAUGAUUCAUUCAAGGUUUACGUUGGUUUGCCAACCACGGGUGGACAUUAG